UUUAGAUAUCAGCAGGCGGUGUUGAUAGGCUUGGUGACGAUGGCGAUGGCUACUUCCUCUUGCUCUUCACCGUGGGUUGCUCCCUUUCUAUCCACCGCCACCUGCAACAAUGGGAUCAAGUUCCGUUCACUGUGGAAAUGCAAUGACAAACGCUCUCUCUUCAAUUUAAUCGUGUGCAAAUCCUCCUCAGAGCAUCAUCAUAAUCAUCCUUUUGCGAAUGGUUCGCCUCUCCACGAUGCCCUAGAUGCCUGUGGAGUCGAUACUCACCAUGCCAGAGCCGCAAGGAAAGGCUUUCUCAAGCAGAUUGACGGGCUCUCUGUGAUUGAAAAGGAGACGAGCAUUGCCAUAAACAGGCCCGUCGACCUGGGAAGAGCUGCACUCCAAAUUGCUGCAGAGGAUGAUGCCCUAAUCUCCCAUUCUUCAGUACCAUUGCCUGUCGAUUCCUUUGUGGAGAGGCUUGAUGACCUUUCUAUGGACUUCUUUGCUCACCAUCUGCCCCUUACUAGACCUCCACCUGAUGCCUUCAUCCAGAGUUUGGAGAGGUACUUCUACGUUCACAAGGGGUUCCGACGAACAUCUAUGAAUCACAGAGAUGUUAGAGAUCUGUACCUUCAUUCGGUAUUGACGCGUCGGACUGGAUCCUUGGUUAUGAUUGCUGUUAUUUAUUCGGAAAUGGUAAAGAUGCUUCGAUUAUAUGGUGUUGUAGAUUUUGACAUUGAAAUAUACUUUCCUCAUGACCUUGUCAGUCUUCCUCAAGGCUAUGAUAAACAAAAAAGCAAGGUGUCUGAUGAACCUCACAUUAUGACACCGCUAUCACUUCUAGUGGAGAUGUUGAGGGAUCUUAAGGAUGCUUUCUGGCCAUUUCAGUAUGGCCGGAACUGUAGUUUGUUCUUAAGGGCAGCAAGUGCUACCAAUUUUGUUACUGGUUCCAGCAUAAUAGAUGGGAUUGCUUCUGCAUCAAAUGACAAUGCAAGUGGAUUUGAAGUUGCAUCUAUGAGGGCUGCUCAACAUAGGCUGGGACGUGGAGUAUGGACAGGUCCAAGAUUUGGUGAUAUACGGCGAGCAUUGGCUGCUUGCGAACGCCUUGUCCUCUUGGAUUUUGAUAUACGGGAAUUAAGGGACUAUAGCAUCCUUCUUUAUCACGCUGGAUUUUUCGAAGAAUCUUUACACUACCUCAAACUCUAUGAGAAUUCCAAGAGUAGCACUCAAACAAAGAAGUUCUCUUCAGAUCUAAAUUGGGCUCUGGAGGAAGAUGCUGAGAGAAAGCUCGUGAUUCGUCUCAAACUCAUAUCAAUGGAGAAAGGAUGGAGCAAACCUAGUACCCAGAGUUUAUGGGGCACUUCUGAACCGUGGUAAUCAUUUCCCCAAUUCUUCCAUUGUCUACCGGUGAUCUGUUAAAAGCAUGAUGCAAAUUGUUUAGGAAUUUCUUACAAAUCAAUGUCGAGUGUAAAUAUGUGUGUAAAUUCCACAAUAAAAUUGGUGUUUUGUUGGGUGAGUUUUUUUUUUA